GUGACCCAACGUUAGUGAAUAACAGCCGACGUAAAAAUUUCUUGUGCAAUACUGGCUUAUCUUUUACCCAACCCAUUAACGCCUAGCGUUACCACAUGGCUACGGCAAACACGUGACUACUCAAAGUGCGAUGGCAUUGGCCAUGCGCUAGUAAAUUUUUUGCGAGCGUGUCAUAUCACCAAUCACAGUGUGCAAAAACCACGCGUUCGCUUAGUUUCCGUAAAAACGCCGAACUGUGUGUGUUUAGUGCGGUUAAAUUUGAUAGUUAUUUAAACAUCGUGAAAAUAUGGAUAUACAAUUCGAAUAUGGCUUUUCACUUGCGGAAGCGCUUGAUAUGGUGUGUAACGAUGAUCUUGACGGCGAUAUUUACAUUGAGCCACCAGAACCCAAUGUAGACACAGAUGAGGACUCAGCUGACGAGGACGAUGGCGGGCUAGUUGACAAUUUGACAGCUCGACAGUUGCGAGCCCCGGCCGAAAUAAGAUUAUACAAUACCCAAUAUGAGGUUGAAUGUGAUGCAAAUAUAGCAGAUCAGGAAACAAAUACUGUGCCUACUCCGGUUCUUGUACAGGAAUACAUAACUUGGCUAAAAGAUAGACGAAACCAGUCUAAAUCAUUUAUAGCUCAGUGGGAAAAAGGAGCAGACUAUGCAGUUGUAUCGCCAAAAUGUUUUCCGCCACCAGAUUAUUCCAGAUUUGAAAUGUCCGUAAUUCAAAUUUUCGAAGAGUUUAUAGAUGAUGAAUUUAUAAAACAUUUGGUGGCGGAAACUCGCAGUAUGCAUUAUUUUUGAACUGUCCAGACCCUAAUAUUACACCAGAUGUAAUUCGUUGCUUCAUAGCAAUAUUAUUUGUAAGCGGCUAUAAUAAUUUGCCAUCUAAAAGGCAAUAUUGGAGCAGUGGCGAAGAUCUUUACAAAUUUAGCUCUGUCUCAAGCAAUGCGCCGUGAUCGAUUUUUACAGAUCACUCGGUUUUUUCAUUGCUCUGAUAAUACAAAACUAGACAAAAAUGAUAAGUUCUACAAGAUUCGGCCUGUCAUAGAAAUGUUAAAAAAAAACUAUUUGAAAAAUUUUGUCAAAUAACCAGGCGCACACGCACAAAGCCAUAGCAUCUAGAGGACCUCAAGAGAUCGGAUCCUGCUUAAUUUAUUACAUAAAAAAUGUUGUAAAAAGCUCCAAAUUAGUUAUGUACAGUGACCAAUGUGGAGGGCAAAAUAGGAAUUACAACAAAAUGUCCUUAAUCUGUAAUUACAUAAUACAAAACAAAAUCUCUUCAGUUCAGCAAAUUGAUAAUAAAUUUUUAGUAUUGGGUCAUUCUUACUUGGCUUGUGACCGUGGCUUUGGGGUGGUGGAGAAAAAUAAAAAGAGAUUUAAUUAAAUGUAUGUUCCUAGUGAUUGUAUAAAAGUGAUUAAAACUGCCAGAAAGCAUAAUCCUUUUACAGUAGUUGAAAUGCAGACUCAAGACUAUAACAACCGUCCCUCUAGAAAAAAAUAUAACAAACCGCAAAAAAACCGUGAAUGAAGAGGUUGUGAGUUGGUUAAAAAUGCAAUGGAUCAGCUAUAACUAAGCUAACCCCGACGCGUUUUAUGAUUUCGUACUGCAUGUCAACAAACUCAUGGUGUUAAAACGCGGUAGCAAAACCGAAUAUCAUCUUCCAUCCUUACUUGCUUUAAACCAUACGUGAAUUGUGUGCUGUAGUCUAGGAGGAAUUUAAAAGUGUUCAAACGAGUAAAAGCUAUUAAAAUCAUACCUGUAAAUAAAAUCGCAAGUGAUAAAUUCGGCGAAAUUAAAAAUAUAAUUCUAUUGCGCUAGCUUACAAAAUGGCGAUUUUAUUGUUUCAACAAAAUUCUUGUGUUGAGUGAAUUGAAAUGGUGAUAAUAUUUUAGAUAUUUAUAAAAUUAAAGUUAUAGUCAAAAAUAUUAUGGGUUAGGGGUUAGAGCCUAUGUCCGAAACCCGGUUAAAACGCUAAAUAUGCAGGGUGUUGGAAUUAAUUUGUUAGAAUAGAAGAUGUUUUAGGAAGUGAUUCUUUGUUAAAAAAUUGUUUCACUAUGAGCAUUGGCAACCCAUUUUUGAUUAUUUUAUUGUAUUACACUUUAUUUUUUUAAGUAAAUGGGCACUUGGGAUUUUCGAGGCUACUCAAAAAUAUAUAUAAUAAUUUUAUUAUUGUUGAAUAGUAAUCGUUAUAAUAUUAAAAUAUUGAAUUUUCUUACACUAUACUGAGCGACCCAGUAUUGUUUUUUUCUUGGAAAAUAAUAAUAAAAAAACUGAUAAAAGAAUAUUUUUAUUAUUAUGAUUUAUUAUUAAAUUUACUUUUUAGCG